UCUGUGGUCCUGCAGGACGACGGAAACAGACCAGUGUUUACAGUCUGAGCCGAAGCCACCCCGCGAAAAGAUGUUUUUAGGUCAAUCGUGAUAGAUUUAUUGUAUUAAGGAAGUGUUUGGAUAACGGACGUCACGAUCGGGGCUUCACAGCUGCACUCAACGGUUGGAGUUUAGGCUCUGGAUCGGAGACAUGGAUGCUGUUGCGGGGAUCAUAGACAUGUAAGGUUUGUGUAUUUAUGUCAGCGAGUCUCUGCGGACGACAGUCGAGACUCAGACACGGACCGAGUUUAUGGGUCUGAUAUCGCAUUUCUGGAUAUUUCUCGAGUUCGAAGCAUGUUUUAAUGCAGACGAGCACACGUCUGUCCCCGAACAUCCCACAUCCCAGUGCUGAUCGGCUGAGUUGUUGUGCAUCGCUUCGGCAGCGAUGUCUUUCACGAUGGAGGAUCACUUGGAGUCAGGCUGGGUGUCCGUCCGCCCUAACGCGUUCGAGGAGAAGGAGAAGCACAAGUUCGUCUUUAUUGUGGCCUGGAACGAGGUGGAGGGUAAAUUUGCCAUCACUUGUCAUAACAGGACAGUGCAGAGGAGGAGCCUUGGCGCUAGGGAUGCUCCAUUAGGGACCAGCAGUCAGGGAGGGGACAAAACAAAAUGGCCUGAAAGUCCCGUAAGGGAUCAGCUGUUGAGGAGUCCCAGCAGGGGGUCCGGCUCCAGCUCCAGACAGAGCCCUGUCCGGAUUAAAACUGUGGUCAGGCCUUCGCCCCCUCCGGUUGGUCCUCCUAAAGAGCUGCUGACUCCACCAGAUGAGGAGCUGCAUCCCAUCUUGGACACGUGGACCCUGGAAGAUCUGGACCUGAGUAAAGAAGACUGCAGCUGGGCAGGACUUUUCUCAUUCCAGGACCUCCGGGCGGUGCACCAGCAGCUGUGCUCCGUCAACUCCGAUUUGGAGCCCUGCCUGCCACAGUUUCCGGAGGAACCUGGCGGAAUGUGGACCGUUCUGUUUGGGUCUGCGGAAGUGUCUGAGGCGGAAAUGGACGCCCUGUGCAGCAGCCUGCAGGUCUACAUGGGACAUGCUCUGGACACCUGUGGGUGGAAGAUUCUGUCACAGGUUCUGUUCACGGAAAACGACGAUCCGGAUGAGUACUACGAGAGUCUGAGUGAGCUCAAGCAGUCUGGGUAUGAAGAGGUGCUGCACCGUGAAACCACACUCCUGCAGGAGUUGCUGGAGAAGCACAAGAGCAUGGACAGCAUGGUGGAGCUGCUGGACUUGUACGAGAAGGAGGACCAGGCGUACCACUGCUUGCUGGAAGCCUCCACGCAGCUUUAUCAGUACCUGCUGCAGCCGUUCAGAGACAUGAGGGAGCUGGCGAUGCUGCGCCGGCAACAGAUCAAGAUCUCCAUGGCAAAUGACUUCUUGGGCCCCAGGCGUAUAGAUUCUCUGAAGAAGGAGGACUCUGACUGGCAGAAGAAAGCUGAGGAGGCUGUUCUCAACAUCCAGGAAUUCACUGUGAAAUACUUUGAGAUCACUGCCAGAGCUCAGAAAGGAUUAUAUGAACGCAUGAAAGUGGACCAGCGCAAGUUUGGCAAGUCGUCAUGGACGGCAGCGGUGGAGCGCAUGGAGCGAUUACGUUACUCUGUUGCCAAGGAAACCCUGCAACUCCAGAGAGCCAGAGAAAUCUGUUUAGAGCAGAGGAAACACGCACUUCGUGAGGAGAUGCAGAGCUUGUGCAGCGGUGAGGAUGCCAUAGUGCUGUUGGACCACAUGGAGUCCCAGUACUAUGAGCUCCAGCUGCAGCUGUACGACAUCCAGCGUGAGAUCCUGCAGUGUGAAGAGCUGCUUCUCACAGCUCAGCUGGACAGCGUUCGCCGGCAGAUGACAGAACGUCAGGAUGAGGUGGUGUACUAUGACACCUUUCAAAGUGCCGAUGAUAUAACAGAGGUUGAUAUUGCAGAAAAGGAAGAGCUUCGAAGACUUCAGCUCAGUGCUCGGCAGCUGGAGGCCAGGCGAGGACGCAUCACUGCCAAGCGCUCCUACCUGCAGGACAAGAGAGAAAUCUGUGUGUCAAACCACAUGCAAAAGCAGCAGAAAAGUCAUGGAUUCCUCAAAGACUCCCUGCUCCUGCAGCUGAAAUACGAGGAAGAGGAGGACGAGGAGAGGAAGAACCGCCGAGUCAGUCAGGAGAGACAGAGGACUCUGGACAGACUUCGGUCCUUCAAGCAGCGGUACCCAGGUCAGGUGAUACUGAAGUCCACUCGACUCCGUAGCGCUCACCCCAGAAGGAGAGACUCUGGCAGAGGGGUCGGGGCUGGGAGUGAGAAGGAGGAGGGGACCGGUCAGCCUCGGUGUUUCAGCACUAGCGUCCAAACGGACCCCAGCCCCACUCUCACCACCCAACCUGUCACGGGCCUGGCAGCAUCACUUCCCCCUCUUCCUGUUCCAAGUCCUGCGGACUCCACCUGUUCCCCCUGCUCUCUCUCCUCACUGCUGUCGUCCCCAAUUUCGCCUCCACCCCCGCCUCCUCCACCACCGCCCCUCCCAGUCACCGAGCAGUGGUCGCCAUCGGCAACUCCGGGCUGCAGUGGACACGAAGACCUUUCUCUUUCGCCGAUCGGCCCUUUCAUCCCUCGCUUCUUCGACAGCAGCCAACUGCUGAGUGCCCGGAAGAAACUGAGAAAGACCCCAGAGUUUGAGAGCCACAGCAGGCGAGUUAGUUCACCGAUGGACGAGGUGCUAGCGUCUCUGAAGAGAGGCAGCUUCCACCUGAAAAAGGUUGACCAGAGGUCGCUGCCCCCUCCCCAAGGGGAGGACCCUAACAACAUUUUAGCCCAGAUCCGCCGCGGAGUCAAGCUAAGGCGGGUCCCUCGAAAAGAACGAAAAGACCAAGACGAGCUCCCAGCGUCCACCGACCCGCUGACCCGGAGCAUCCACGAGGCCCUGCGACGCAUCAAAGAAGCGUCUCCGGAGUCAGACUCUGAGGACGACGCGCUGUCCGGGCCAGACUGGGAGAGCUAGACCCAUUGAGGAGAAGUGUUAUAGAGCAGUGAACUGCACUCACGGGACUAAUGCACUUAGAGAGCUGUAUUAUACACGAGCACACACUGAGAGCUCAAUCACGUUGAGUCUGACUCAAUACCGGUUCACAGAAAGGUCAGUCUGUCCUUUAGUUGUCUCUCCACGCAGCACUGUCCUGCUACACCAGUUCAUCACGACUCAUCAUUGCCUUUCCUGCAUUCAUGUUUAUUUAUUGAUCAGAUUACAGUUUGACCUUGACUCAGCGAAUUAAGACAUAAGCUGCUCUACCACAUGCUUGAGGGUCGAAGUUUAUUGACCCAUCACAUGUCUACUUUGGGGGCCACAUUCCAACGCUGUCCUCUCACUUUUUUGGUUGGAGGUGUAACCGUCUGAAGCAGCCACUGUGAAAGACAGUCGAUCUGAGAACGUGAGCGUUCAUACAGCCAUGAGAUUAGAACGGCGCCCGGCUCUUCAGGGGUACAGAACUGUUCACAGGUCACCCUGGACUAGCAUGGCGUGGGGCAGAGAGCUCAUUCCAGCCACUUGCACCAACUAUCUUUUAAUCAUCACCCCAGGCCACAGUUGAGAGUGGGAACAUAGACUGGUGGAUCCCUCUGUCCCUCACUAGGGAACAAGAGCCCAACAUACUUGACCUCCUCCACCUAGUGAGCUUUAUCCACCAGAGACAGAACACCUCCUUAUAUGUCCUUCACCUCCACCUCUCCGUCAUGUUAUGGCACUUAUACGGUCUCCUGCCUCCCGAGCAAAUAUGGUCGGUCUGAACAGGAGUCAGUGAGAGACCCUUUUCACACCUAUCAGUUUUGAAUCUCAAACAAAUCUGCUAACUUUUCCUUUUAAGUGUCUCUGAAUGUAGUAGUUUUGUUCUGCAUCAUUUUAGCUCGACUACUCCAGUGGAUUUGUGCCUCUCUCCAGCAUAUGGGCUGCUGAAGUGGAGUAGAUUGUGGGUGAAACAGUUUAGUGAUGAGAGCUGGAGGCCCGGGCCCUCAGGGAGGCUGAGGUCGUGGCAGUAGUGAGAGUGGGCGGUCCGUGGAGGUCCUGUUGGAAUGGUCACGCUCGGUGGAAUGAUGGAUGGCAGGUAGGCGUCUGGAUUCUCUCCGCUCUGCUGGGAGUCACCGUGGGCCAGCAGCACACUCUCUUUCUCUUGUCUUUGUUUCCUCUUUUCACAUCACUUUCUCAUGCUGUGGGCAGAAGCACCUUGGUAGGAGGUUGCUGAGUCAUAUUACUGGUGCUCACGCAGUCACGCUCCAAACCUGCUGCAACCAUAUGGGACGCACCAGCCGCGGAGUCCAUGGAAAGUGGUUACAUCAUCACAAAAGUAAAGGGGGAGUUCAUGAGAUGACCUUUAUCCUGACUUAAAAUGAAGCUUUAGAUGUCCUUGCAUCAACUCCUUGUGGUCAAAUCGGUAUCUUCCAUUAGCGUCUUCAUCACCCCUCUCCCCCCGGUCUGGCACAUGCCUCGUAAACACUCGCUUGACUGACAAAUGCACCGUAACAACACAAUGAUACAAUGAAAUCUUAACCUGAGGACUACUUGUCAGACAUUGCAGUCUUAUGCGGACACAUUACACAAUUGUUGUUUGGAACUGCAUUGUUGUCCCUGCAAUUCAAUAAAAAUCGGUUUUA